UGCACGGGCCGGGGAGUUCCACGGUCCAUCGCCACUGUACGCGAGGGCCAUCCGUUAAAAUGGCUGAGAAGAACGUUACAGUGCAGCUAGCGAACGAUCACUCCAUACCAAUUUUAGGACUGGGAACGUGGAAGUCUAAACCAGAUGAAGUUCGCAAAGCCGUUAUAGAAGCCUUGGAGGCAGGCUAUCGUCAUAUAGAUGGUGCUGCAGCAUAUGGAAAUGAAGAAGAAGUUGGUGCUGGUCUGAAGGAGAAAUUUAGUGAUGGAACUGUCAAGAGGGAGGAUGUGUUUGUUACAACAAAGUUGUGGAAUGUUGAUCACCGCCCUGGAGAUGUGGAAGCAGCAUGCAGAAAGUCAUUAGAGAAGCUUGGUUUAAGCUAUGUUGAUCUCUACCUUAUGCAUUGGCCUUUUGCAUUCCAGACUGGGAAAGGGAUGGCGCCUAAAGGUCCUGAUGGUAUGAUACUUGCUGAUGAUGAUAUAGACUUUGUUGACACCUGGAAGGCCAUGGAGGAUUUGGUAGAAAAGGGAUUGACAAGAGCUAUUGGUGUGUCCAAUUUCAACAAAAGCCAGCUUCAAAGAAUCCUAGAUCUACCACCAAAGCAAAAGAUAUGCAAUCUCCAGAUUGAAAUAACACCAUACCUGCCAGGGAAUGACAUCAAAGAGUUCUGUAAAGCUAAUGGUAUAUCUUUAACGGCCUACAGUCCUCUGGGUUCUCCUGAUCGUCCACUGCAAGCUGGCACUGACCCAGUACUCCUUGAAGACCCAGUCAUAAACGAGAUUGCAAAGACCAAAGGUCGAUCUCCUGCCCAGAUAGCUAUCAGAUAUCAAAUAGACAGGGGCAUUGUGGUCAUUCCUAAAAGUGUUACUCCGUCCAGGAUCAGAGAAAACUUCCAGGUUCUUGACUUUGAAUUGACAAGUGAUGAGGUUCAGCGUAUACAGGCACUUGACAGGAACUUCCACUAUAUCACUUUCCCAGCAUCCAAGAAUGCCAAGUAUUACCCAUUUUGAUGGCCCCACUCACUGGAUCCAGCAGUGUCACUAAAUGAAAUUCUUCUGUGUGUUCAUGGAGUUAUGUGAUUCUAUCAUAUUUAUUUUUUCUAUCUUUUCAUGAGGUAGCCCAGUUGAGAAGGUGCCACUUUUUGUUAUUUGAAGUUCCAUUUCUAAAUCCAAACUUGAUGUCAUCUGAUUUCUAACCCAAAGCCAGGGAGGGGGGAUUGACCCCCCCCAAAAAAAAAAAGUUUGUGAGUUUUGCAGAACUGGGCAAUAUCAUUACGUAUAAUAAGGCAAGUUUCGUGCAAGUCUUGCACAUCUUUUGGUUCAAAGUUUGUGAAAGUAAGACAAGGGUUCAAAGGGUCCUAAGUCAUGACGCAUUGUAAUUAUGGCACAAUAACCUGUAAGUUAAAAAACACAUUUUUUUAAAUUGAAUUUGUGUUCCACCAAAUGGCAAAUACUAAGUUCAUAAAUUGCUACAAAAAUGCUGCUUAUUUCAUACCUUAGCCAUUUGAAUCCUAUUCUCUCAUAUAAAAUCGAUCAAAAAUAAAUUCUGUACAGGGGAUUAAAUUGAUAGCCCUGCCCCCACCCUGGUACUAUAGUGUUAAUUAUCGCUUGAAAAUAUUUUCACCUUUUUAUUUGCUAUACACUUCACAUCAUCUACAUUUUAUAGUUUGUUUGAUAGGCUGUUGUUACCGAAGGUUUCUUUUGUCAGUUCUGGAAAGGUUAUAUUUUAAUAAUGGAUAUUUAGAGAAAAAACAACAACUAUGAAACACCCCGCGCCCCAAAACAAGGAAAUUAAUUGCUCCACACUUGUCAAUUCUAUCUGGGCAACCAGAUUAAAUGGUAGAACAUUUCAUAAUUGAGGUUAAGAACCAUUCUUUUGGAAACUGUCGCUCAAAGAAAGGGAGCACAAUCCGCACAAGUCAGCUGGUGUGCUAUAUACCCUCACUUGUAUUUUCAAUAUAAGAUAGGAUACUCCUGAUGGGUGUUUCAUAAAGCUGUUCGUAACAUAUCGUACUGAGAUAUCUUGUACUUAUAUUCUUUUCUCUUUCUUUCUUAGCACUUUGAAACUUUCGUAUAAAGCGCUAUAUAAAUUUUGUAUAGUAUUAUUAAGGUAAGAGCGACUUAAAGAAUGACUAUGAUCCUUUCUUUGAUAAAUGAUGAUAAAUCCAUAAUGUAUUGUUCGAAAUAGACAUGAAAUGAAAUACUCCGAAAAUUUGCUUUGCCCAAUUGAUCGUGGGCCCGGCGGCCGCUGCGCAGCGCCAGAUUGACGAGGCUCUAUCCCUUUAAUCGUUGAACGCCAAACAGGGUAGCAGCAACUCCCAUCUUUUUACGUCUUUUGGUCUGACGCGGCCGGGGUUUGAACCCCCGACCUCCCGGUUGUGAGACGGAUGCUCUACCAACUGAGCCAACACACCGGUCUAAUGGUAUACACACCGGUUAAUGGUUGGCGAUGGUUUAGCACGUACACAUGUAAGAAAGAUUCACCAGUCAUUCUUAAAAGUCGCUCUAAACUUACGAACAGCUUUAUGAAACGUCCCCCUGGACGUAUGUCUUAAGUGCCUUUAUAAGCACAUAAGUCAUAAUUAUUAUUCAUAUGUGUAUAUUCACAUGCUGAUAUUUAACUUUGCUUAACCUACCUCUGUCAUGUGUUAUGUCAUGUGUAUAACUUGGUAAAACCAAAGAAACUUAUUAAAAAGUUAUCUGUAGAUGUAAUUUUAUGCAAUAAUUCUGGAAUUACUUUGAAUAAUUUGAAGGUUUGUGGUUCAAGUAUUCAUUAUGCAUUGUCAAGGCUGAGAGCUGACAUACUUAAAGUAUGAAUUAAAAAACAAAUGAUUAUGCUCA